UAGGCAUCGCUCAUGGCCCAGCCGCGUUUGAGACUGGUGGUCACCGCGGACGACUUUGGUUACUGCCCGCGGCGCGAUGAGGGCAUCGUAGAGGCCUUCCUGGCGGGGGCUGUGACCAGCGUGUCUCUACUGGUCAACGGCACGGCCGCGGAGAGCGCCGCCGAGCUGGCCCGAAGGCACCACAUCCCCACGGGCCUCCACGCCAACCUGUCCGAGGGCCGCCCCGUGGGCCCCGCUCGCCCCGGCGCCUCGUCGCUGCUCGGCCCCGAAGGCUUCUUCCUCGGCAAGAUGGGAUUCCGGGAGGCGGUGGCGGCCGGUGACGUGUCCUUACCCCAGGUUCGGGAAGAGCUGGAGGCGCAGCUGAACCGCUUCCGCUUAUUACUGGGCACGGAGCCCACUCACGUGGAUGGGCACCAGCACGUGCACGUUCUCCCGGGUAUUUGUCAGGUGUUCGCCGAGGCGCUGCAGGCACACGGGGUGCAGUUCACCCGGAUGCCCCUGGAGCGCGGGGUGGGCAGCUGCCCGUGGCUUGAGGCCCCAGCGCGCGCCUUCGCCUGCGCCGUUGAGCGCGACGCCGAGGCUGCCGUGGGUCCUUUCUCCUGCCACGGCCUCAGGUGGCCUGAUGUCUUCGUGGGCCUGAGCACGUGCGGCCGACACAUGUCUGCCCACCGCGUAUCAGGGGCGUUAGCGCGGGCCCUGGAAGGCUUGCCUGAGGACCACGCCCUGACGGCUGAGCUAAUGGCACACCCCGGCUACCCCAGUGUGCCCCCUGCAGGGGGCUGUGGGGAGGGCCCUGAUGCCUUCUCCUGCUCCUGGGAACGGCUCCACGAGCUGCAUGUCCUCACUGCACCCACACUGCGAGCACGGUUUGCCCAGGAUGGUGUGCGGCUCUGUGCUCUCAAAGACUUGCAAGCUAAAGAACUACCCUCGUGAAGCCACUCUGGACACCUUCCCGGAACCUUCCCCAACUGAGGGAUAACCAGCCCAGCAAAACUUAGAGCUCUGGAAGGGGCCCAGGGUGGAGGCCAGAAGCAGGGCCAGGAGCAAAUUCUGUGACUUCCUGGCAGGUGGUUACACCCCAAUGCCUAGGCCCUCAGUGUGCAAAGCUUCACUGAUUCCUGUGGCUGCUGGCAGGCCUGUGCUGCACAGUUAUGGGGCUCCCAAGGGUUCGCUGCCUGACCAUGCCCUGGCAGUGUCUGGUUUAGGCAUACUGGGAAGAGAUCACUGUAUUAAUAAAAUAGCGUGCCUCAAAUUUAUGUGGUUAUAUACUAUGCCCAGAAAACCUUCAG